CAGAUGUAAAAAUGUUGGCAUUCGUGGAGUGACGGCACGGUCAAACUUAGCUUUUUAGCUGUGUACCACUGAUCUCAUUAAAGUGGAUAUGGCAUAGGACGAAAUAAGUGUGACCAAUUGAAGGUUGUAGUCUCUGUACACAAUAUGGCGGUGUAUACGAAUACGAACACAGUUUACUGUGACGAUGAUACGAAAUUCCACGUGUAAUUAAUUAUCUAUAGACGUAGAUGUGUAUCAGUUUUAUUCAAAAUAUUACUUUUUUUAUAAUAAAAAUAGUAAAAUAGUAAAAUAGUAAGAUUCCAAAAUUAAAAAAUGUGUUUAUUGUGGAAAAGGAAGUGAAAAUAAACAACAAACGUUUCAUAGAUGAACAACGACAAAAGAUUAAUUUUGCAAUUAAUGGAAGGAGUCAAUUAUUCAAUUUGCACCGAUUCCUCAAGUACCACAUUGGAUGAAUUGAAUAGUAGCAGUAGUAGUAGUACAGAUAAUAUUAUCAAUUCAUCAAGUGAUGAUGAUGAUUUGUUAUUGUUUCCGCUAAUGAAAUUUUUGACGAGUGGUAAAAAAAGACAACGUAUUGAAAAUUAUCUUGAAAUUAUAGACUCUUUGUCGGAUCAAGAAUUUAAAGAACACUUAAGAAUAAAUCGACGUACUGCAUUAACGUUAAUUGAUGAAUUGAAAUUAUCGGGUUACAUUCCAUCCCAUUCUUUUGGAAUACGACCACUUUCUGCAAAAUUGAGUUUUAUUUUAUUUUUAUGGUAUAUUGCAAAUACAGAACCUUUGCGAACUUUAUCGGAUAGAUUUGAUAUUUCAAUUUCAUCUGUAUUCCGAGUUUUGCGACGAAUUACAAAGUGGUUUCUGAGUAAAUUAGAUACGAUUAUUAAAUGGCCACAAGAACAAAAUGUUAAAAUUGUAUGUGACAAAUUUUUUAUCAAACAAGGAGUACCAAAUGUUUUAGGGGCAAUUGACGGCACUCACAUUAGAAUAGAAAAACCGUCAAUUAAUGCACGUGAUUAUAUAAAUCGAAAAAAAUAUUUUUCAAUCUGCUUACAAGCUGUUGUAGAUUCUGAUAUGCGAAUUACAAAUAUAUAUUGUGGCGAACCUGGUUCUCUUCAUGAUUCACGUGUUCUUAGAAGAUCUCCUUUAUAUGAAGCAGCAUCUGUUAAUCAAGCAAUGUUAUUUCCUAAUCAAACAUUUAUAUUAGGUGAUUCGGCAUAUCCCUCUUUACCAUGGCUUGUUUCACCGUAUAAAGAUAACGGUCAUUUAUCUCCUCAACAAGUAGAAUUUAAUUACAUGAUUUCGUCAACACGGAUUUCAGUUGAGAGAGCAUUUGGUCAAUUAAAAGGGCGUUUUAGACGUAUUAAAUUUUUUAAUGAAUACCGUACAUUACCUUUUAUUAUUAAUACAGUAGUAGCAGCUUGUAUUUUACACAAUUAUUGCAUCAAUGAAAAUGAUACAUAUGAUUUUCCUGAAUAUUAUGAUGAAAAUAUAAAUAACAUUUUAAAUAAUAAUGGAAUAAUUGAAGAAAAUAUUCCAGGAGAUCGUAGAACUCAAUUAUUCAAUGAAAUUUUUCCUUGUUAAGAAAAAUAUAAGACUUACAUGUACAAAAUAUUUUACUUUUAAUAAAAUAAAAUGACUUAUAUGAAUUAUGACUUAUUUUUGUAUUAGAUUCCACAUGUUGAUUAAUUUUAAUUUCAGUUUACAUUUUAUUUUCUUUUAUUUUAAGAAUUAAAAAAAAGCAAGUUAAACAGAGAUUAAAGUUAAGCAAAUCUAAACCUUUGCGAACUUUAUUGGAUAGGUUUGAUAUUUCAAUUUUAUUUUAUAGUUUUUAUUAAAUACUUUAAAAAAACAUUUUUUACAUUUUUUAAACGAGAAUAAAA